UGGAGACAAGAUGGACCUCAACAACGUUAAAGAUCCUCUGAUUAAGAGCACCAUCCUGGGUUUUAUCAGCAACUUUGGACAGAUACCAAAGCAGCUCUUCACGAAACCACAUCCAAAAAAGGAAAAGUUCAUCAGGAAGAGAGACUGUGCUGUCCCUUCACUCAAGUGGAAUUCUUCCGCCUCUUAUGAGCAGCCUGCAAAAUCUGAAGCUGUCACCAGUUACAAUAAAAGACUAUCCCAAGGGAGCUAUUGGGCACAUUGUUCAUACUGAGAAAGGAAUUCUGGCUGUUGAAAAAAACAAAGUUUUGAUUCCUCCUCUUUGGAACAAAACAUUCUGCUGGGGAUUUGAGGACUUCACCUGCUGCUUUGGCAACUAUGGGUCUGAGAAGAACGUGACUACAUUUGAGUGCAUGGCAGACUGGGGAAAGUGCCUCUGCGCUGUGUGUCCUUCAGCAACUACUGUAAUCACAUCUGGAACAAGCUCAGUUGUGUGUGUCUGGGAAUUUUCCUUGAUCAAGGACAAAGUGAAAUGUCUAAACUUGAGACAGGCUUUGUAUGGGCACACUCAGGCAGUGACCUGCCUUGCUGCAUCUGUGACCUACAGCAUCUUCGUGAGUGGAUCUGAUGACAGAACCUGCAUCAUUUGGGACCUGAACCAGCUGACGUACAUAAACCGGCUUCCUGCCCACGAGGCAAGCCUCUGUUCUGUUGCCAUCAACAAUUCAACAGUAAGAUCUUCAUUUAUCAUCUUUCUUCUGAUGUAUCCAUGA